AUGGAGAAUCCUUUUUCACCUUUAUCCAUAGAUACUAGCAACACCACCUAUGAUAGCGAAUCAAAAAUGGGGGGUUCUCAAAAUUCAUCAACAUCAACACCCCCGGCCUCCUCUAUCUAUGGACCACUGAGCUAUCCAUCAACAUCUUCAUGUUCAUCAACUCAGCCUUACCAUUGUCCAGUAGAAUACAGCAUGCUACCACCUUUUCAAAGCUUGCAGUUUCCACAAGCAUAUCCUCAAGGCCACACUGGCCAGUACUCACCAUCAACAUAUCCUUUGUAUCCGUGCUGGUUUUUGCAGAAUGGGAUUGAAAAAUCAUGCUUUUUGCAGCCAAAUGGGGUGUCAAUAGAGCAAGAAAGGAGAGUUCUUGAUGCAUACAAGACCAAGGUUGCAAGGACUAAGCGAAAACUUGCACGCCAAAGGAGCCUUGGCAAAAAUGCUUCUUCUGGUGCUAAUUUGUCUCAGGUUGAUACAAGGAGAUUAUCCUUGAAUGGUGGUAACAACAAUGGGCAAGCUGGCCUGAGCAACAUCAACAUCAACAGAGAUCUUUAUAAAAUCUGCACUCCAGAUAACAAGAGACUGAGGGUGUUGCUAAGUAAAGAGUUGAAGAACAGUGAUGUUGGGUCUCUUGGAAGGAUUGUCCUUCCAAAGAGAGGAGCAGAGGAAAAUCUUCCAAUUCUUUCUGACAAAGAAGGCAUGCAAGUAGUGAUUAGAGAUCUAAACUCUCCUAAAGAGUGGAGCUUGAAGUUCAAAUUUUGGUCUAACAACAAGAGCAGAAUGUAUGUUCUUGAAAACACAGGAGAUUUUGUAAAGCAAAAUGGGCUGGAGAUUGGAGAUUCCCUUACACUUUACGAGGAUGAGUGCAAGAAUCUCUAUUUCUCCAUCAAGAAGGUGAAAACACCGCAAAUCGAGGUGUCAUACAACCAAAACUCGACAAACCAAAACUACCUAUACAUACCACAUAUGUACCAAGCUAGGGAUGAAGAAGAAGCAUCUCUGCAACUACUUAUAGAACAACUUAAUCAUAAAGAACAGCAAGAAGCUAACAGCCUUGUGACUUUGUCUAUGGAUAUUGCUUCUUCUUAUAGGCGCAAAGAGGAAGAGAGACUCAGUCCAUUCAACAAUUUAACCAGCAUUAGUUUCUAUUCCCAACCAGCACCUGCAGCUAUGGAAGCCUCAUCUUCACCACACAAUACAAUGAGAAUUUUAGAUGAUCACUACAUUGAUGACUGCUAUAGUGGCCUUGAUGUUCUUCCUGAUGUCAAUAGGUAUAAUUUUUAGCUAUGAUCAAAGCCUAUGGAAAGUUGGGAAGCUAUAAAGUAAAAUGGUGUAUUAAAUCAUGGUCAUUGAAGCAAUCUUGGAGGUUGAGUAAUAUGUUUACUAUACUGACACCUGAUU